AUGGUUUCAGUGACUACCAGGUACCUGAGAUAUAUUCUCUUCGGAGUUUUUGGACUUGUAAUACUCCUCUUCAUUUCUUCUUCGUCCUCUGAUAUACCUUCCAACAUAAUAGAGAAAGGCAAAAAAUGGACUGGUAUUCCCUCAAGGCUUUCUCAUUCAAACUUCUCAUCUCCGGUCGUAUCACCUAUCGCAUCACCGAUCGCAUCACCGGUUGUAGACACGACACUAGAUGAGGAAGUAAGCCUACCCCCAGUGGUAGUAGAGGUUUCCAAGAUGAAUGCAACUUUUGUUACUCUGGCCCGUAAUUCAGAUGUUUGGCAAAUUGCCCGGUCCAUCCGGCAAGUCGAAGACCGGUUUAACAGAAAAUAUAACUAUGAUUGGGUGUUCUUAAACGACGAACUAUUUGAUGAAAACUUUAAGAAAGUAACUACCGCACUUGUAUCUGGUACAACUCAUUAUGGAAAGAUACCUGAAGAACACUGGUCUUUUCCACCUCACAUAGACCAAGAAAGAGCGCGUAAAGUUCGUGAGGAUAUGGGUGCCAAGAAAAUUAUUUACGGUGAUUCUAUCAGUUAUCGACACAUGUGUCGUUUUGAGUCUGGCUUCUUCUUUCGACAACCAUUAAUGAACAAGUAUGAGUGGUACUGGAGAGUUGAGCCAAGCGUUGAACUCUUCUGCGAUAUCAACUACGAUGUUUUCAAAUACAUGGCAGAUCAUAAGAAGAAAUAUAGCUUUGUUCUGAGUCUCUAUGAAUACGUGGAAACAAUCCCUACACUCUGGGAUAGCACUAAAAAGUUUAUAAAAGCCCACCCAGAACAUAUCGCAAAAGAUAAUUCAAUGGGAUUCCUAAGUGAUGAUGGAGGUGAAAGCUUUAAUCGUUGCCACAUGUGGUCUAACUUUGAGAUCGGAAAUCUCGAUUGGCUUCGGUCUCGUGCUUAUCUUGAUUAUUUUGAUAGUCUUGACCAAGACGGAGGAUUCUUUUAUGAAAGAUGGGGUGACGCUCCAAUACAUUCCAUUGCAGCAAGUCUUUUGCUCAAGAAAGAUGAGAUCCACUUUUUUAAUGACAUCGCCUACUAUCAUGUACCAUUCACUCAUUGUCCGACGGAAGAGAAAAUAAGGCUCGACCAGAAAUGUCAUUGUGAUCCAAAAGAAAACUUUGAUUGGAAGGGCUAUUCUUGUACCUCUAGAUUCUUCGAAAUAAACGGUAUGAAGAAACCUGAAGGAUACGAAAAGCAACAAGAUUAA